UUCCGGCAUCAACUCUCCUUUCCACCGCAGAGUCGCCCUCUUGCCACCGCCACGAUCACCACCGGCCGCAUUGCCACACUAAAUUUCAACCUGUGCAGCACAUUUUGUCGGAUCUUUUCACUCCUCAGCUCGGAAUAGAGCAUAUAGAGUAACAACAACAAUAUGACGAAUCCUAAAGGAUAUAGAAGAGGUACGAGAGACCUUUUUUCCCGUCGGUUCGGGAAAAAGGGUACCAUUCCCCUCGGCACGUACAUGAAAGUGUAUAAGGUCGGCGACAUCGUAGACAUUAAGGGAAAUGGAGCUGUCCAAAGUGGAAUGCCCUAUCGUUACUAUCACGGCAAGACGGGCCGCGUCUAUAAUGUCACGAAGCGAGCUCUAGGAGUCAUCGUAAAUAAGAAGAUCCGUGGCAAGAUCUUGGCCAAGCGAAUUAAUGUCCGAGUUGAGCACGUGACUCAUUCCAAGUGCCGAACAGACUUUUUGGACCGAGUUCAGGAGAACGAGAAGCUGAAGAGGGAGGCGAAGACCAAGGGCAUCCGAGUCGUCUGUAAAAGACAGCCUAAACAGCCAAGAACAGCACAUUUUGUUAGCACAAAAGGCAACGCUCCCCAACUCCUCCAACCCAUCCCCUAUGAAUUCAUAGCGUAAUUUAAUCUCUUGUGUUAAUGAUGAAAACAGGAGAAAUAAAACUUUUGUUAAGAAGGUUACACUUUUCGA